AUGGAUGUGCUUGCACAAGGCGGCGGCCAGCAUGGCCCGAGCGCAUCCCACAGGCACACUACCGGCCUGCUUGCCUGCGCCGUGGCCGGAGCCUUCCAAAGCUUAUCGGCGGUGGAAGCACAGCCGUUCCCAGCCAUCCGCUGUCGGGGCAUACCCAUUGUGUACCAGAACAUUACCAUCGGUAAUCCUAACAAGACGAAGCUCCAGAUGUGCACCCCAGAAGUGCUGGUUCUGGAAGGAGUUAGCCUGGGUUUGUACACUCAGUUUCAGAGGGAUCACGUGCUCGGCACCGUGCCCUAUCGAUGGGAGAAGGGUCACUCUGAGGCUAGACUUGUCGCUGUCACAUUUGAGGAACUUGAGAUUGUGGUGUUGGAGGAUGAGCGAUUGCAUGACGCAGGUAUGAGUGGUGAACAAAAGGCAGCAAUGGUCAAGAAGAAGCUCGGAAUACUUGAAGAAGAGCCACUUUUGGAAGCAUUGGGAAAGCGCAGACAAGUGGCGUUGGUGCGGGAAACUGAAUCGGAAUGGGAACUCAUCAUUCCACACGACUUGUUGCCCACUUUGCCAUUCCAAGAACGCGGCAUUGCUCGCUUCCGACGCCACCCACAGAUGCCCGUGAUUUCGCAUUGGACUCGUGAGAUGUCCGACAUGUCCGGCGACAUGUCAGACAUGCCAUGGCAGUCGGGAGACGACUUGAGUCAGCUCGAAUCCUUUCUGCCAGAUCUGGACAUGUCUUGGUUAGAUGGCCUGCAAAGAGACUCCCAAUAA